CCGCCAGGACUGGCAUGUGAAAGGAGCUCCAUGCCCCAAGGAUUGCACGCCUCCGCCGCGCUCCACCAGUUCAACGUAUUUACGAGGGCUGUCCGCGAUCUUUUCUGUUCUUCUCCCGCCCCCUGUUUCUCCUGUAAAUCUUUCCCGUUGCCGUCUCGUCGUCAUCUACUUCCAACCCUGCCCAUCCAGUACCACGGGACGAUGUUUACGUGCACCUGACGGUGCCAAGCACUCCCGCUGCUUUCCAAGACGUCGCGUCCCAGGCUAGCCUGUUGCAUCGAUUGGCGAGCGAAAUGGCGGGUCAUGCCGAGCCAUCUCGACUCGCGCUGAGACAAGCCCAUUGGCACACCGCACAGGGAACGUGGUCCCCGUACCCACCAGAGACAAAGAGCGUUGUUGACAUCGAUGGUCUAGAGCACACGAGGGCAUGCUCGGAUCCAGUUCCCCAGUUUCAACCACGACAACAAUUGACGUGUGCGACGCUGCGCCACAGCGGACCAACGCCAGCUGCAAACGACAGUACUCGUCCGACGGUGCCCGCGGGGAACACAACACGCAGGACCUCCGAGCCGCUUACAAGGUCGGUAACAGGCAACACACGCGGUGACUCAGAUGGAGCGCGUGCAGCUAUUGGUAAACCUUCGCUGGUACAUGUUGUCAGCACAGCCCCAAAGCCGUUCAGCGAGUCGUCCGUGGGGCCCAGUUCGACGGCGCAUGCCCAGACCCUUACUCUAUCGCCAUCACCUGGCUCAAUGCAGAUCGCGCUAAAACCCCGCCUUUCACACCAGCAUACACCUAUCCCCACCCGGCACGUUACCAGCACCGCUUCUCAUAAAUCUGCUGUCCGCCACACAAAAUCGCCCAGUUUCCCCAGACUCACGAUAAACAUCCCUCAGACACAGAGCGAACACGGACACUUCGUCAUCGACAUGGCUACGUCACAAGAAUCUCCACCAACAAAAAAGACGUCACUGCCUGGCGAGAAACGUGUUACUUUCUCCAAAGAACAACCAGACAUCAUCCCACAGCCCUCAAAACGACGCCAAUCGUCUGUAAACCAGCGACCGUCAUGGAGCAAUGUCUUUCUUCUUCGCGAUUCGAAAGUGCGCGACGACGUUGCAGCGAGAAGUAGGAGCCUAUCGCCUGGACCGUCGAUAUUGAAAGAAGUCAGCGCGUUCAAGUCGGACGUAACGGACGCAGAGCUGAAGCAAGAUGAGCAUGGCAACGAGAGGAAGGUUCACAUCAAACCUUUGUGGGAGAAGGAUCUCAAGCGGCUGCCACGAGGCCGCCAGAAGACCAACGCCCUGCCUAUUCCCCAAGCAAAGGUUUCACGCAACGCCAGUCCCAGAGCCUUCAGUCCCGAGGAUGCAAGCCCGCGGGACGUCAGCCCAACGAGUAUGUCUGCACGAUGGGCAAGCCCACGAGAGGAUACGUUCGAUAAGGCUGCCACCUCACCUCACUCGAUCGUCGUGCACCCGCCGUCACCGCCCGAGUCAGAGGACGAGGACGAAGAUGUCAUCGAAGAAGAGUCUGACGAAUCGCCAUCGCCGCGGCACUCGCGAAAUUCAUCCAUCGAAGAAGUCGAGGCUACGCACAAUCGCUUCGGCAACAUGAAGAUCGACAUCGACGGCUCAUCACAUGCCCACCGGCACGAGAAGCGCAAAGACUCGGGCGACUCUCGCAAGGACUCUCAGGACUCCCGCAAGGACUCCCAGGACUGGCGCGAGUCCCGCAAAUCGUCGUACGGUCACCGCCGAGGCUCCCAGGCAUCACGCAAGGACUCAGACCAGAGCGACAAAGAUUCGGAUAGACCGCCUCCUCCCCGCCGGCGCUCGUCCAGCGCGGACCAGGCUGAGAUGUGGCUGCGGAAGUCGUCGAUUUACGGCGUGCGUUCCAAGGCGCCGCGGCUGCCUACACGACUGGGCAGCCUCAGGGCGUAGAAACAUUCACACGACUGUUUUUGGUGCUACGGCAUUCAAUGUACUCUAGCUUUCGAAGAGUUUGAUCAACCUGUACUAUAGCGAUGCAUCUGGACCGUGCGAGGGAGCGCGUCCACGACGUUACGACUUGUUAUGACUUGUAUGCAUGGGUUUGGGUCGGUUUGGAAUAUGUAGCGCAGACAGCCAGCUACAACGCAUAUAUGAAUCAACACAACUACGAGACUAACCUCGAAUGAAACUUGCUCUUGCAUCUGUGAUGGUGGAGGGCAUUCCGCGUGCGCACUUGAUGCGUCCGCGAGCGCACUCGAUGUCACGAACCCCC